UACAGAGUACUCUUUGGGAAUCCCAUGUUUGAAAACACAUUAUUAAAACAUCUCGUCUCCUCUUUGGUAAAACCAUCAGUCAUGGUUAAUGUCCGUCUGAAGACAAUGUUCACUUUUGCUGUGGGAGUGUGUGCACUUCUCCUCAAGCAACAGAAACAUAGCGGAACCUUUGUGCUCUGCCUCUGCCGAGACUGAAAGACGGAAGUAUAUGUGCGACGGACAAGCAUGGGUACCCGAGUUGCUGCAGCGCGUCAGGUUCUUCUGUGGACUGUGAGAAAUGCGACCUCCUCCUCUAUAUUCAGCUCGCUUCAGUUUGGGAGAUGCCACCUCCAGCCUCUAUGCAGAUUGCUCUGUUCCUCCACCAGCCAGAGUACUCUCCAGUCAUCACAACACAACCAUGAACUCCUUCCUCUGUCCAGGAAGCCAGUCACAGAGCUGUCCCCACGCUCUCUGCUUGAUAUGGGAUUCACAGACUCCCAGGCAGAGCAGAUAUAUGAUGUCACAUCCAAACUCAGAGGAGGAAGCGCUGCCAAACAUGCCCUGUCAACUCUCACAGCUCUGUUUGUCUUGGGCCUCAAUCCCUCCAGUGUGCUGAAACUGCUGGAGAAAUGUCCUGAACUUUAUACCGUCAAGGAAUCACAGUUUCAGCAGCGCAUAGGCAACAUGCGGAAACUAGGUUUAAUGGAAGGCAGUCUUCAGAGAGUGGUGUCCCACUACCCCCAGAUCCUGACUGUGCCUGUGAAGACAGUCAAAAAUGUGGUGGCGUUCCUCAGAGAGAAGUGCCUGUUUACCGUCCAGCAGGUCACAGACAUCCUCAGAGAUAGUCCGGCCGUAGUGCUGGAAAACACGGGUCAGCUGGAGUACAAGUUUCAGUACGUCUACUUUCGAAUGGGUGUCAAACAGGCGGAGAUGGUGAAGUCCAGGUUGUUCCGUUUCACUCUGGACGAGGUGCGCUGUCGACACUGUUUUCUGGAGCGCCGGGGCCUGUAUCAAACCCCAGACAAGAAAGGACAGACGAUCAUCCUCAACCCCAAACUGGACAACAUCCUCAGUGUUGACCAGGACACCUUCAUCACACAUGUUGCCGAUGCGUCAGCAGAGGAGUAUGACGUAUUCAGGAGACUGAUGGCGAGAGAGUGGCUUGAAGAAGAGCAGCAGCAGGGCAGCAUCGAAGCUGAUAGUGAUGAUGAUGAGGAUGAAGAGGAGGAUGAAGAAGAUGAGGAGAAUAGAGGGAGAAGUGGAUACAGGAAGAGGAAAAGGAAAUGAUGGAGCGGACUAUGGGAGGGACUCAGAGAACUUAUUUAAAAGGUACAGUGUGUAGGAUUUGGCGACAUCUAGUGGUGUGGUUGAAGAUUGAUACAAACUGAAUAUCCCUCCGCUCACUCCUCCCUUUCAAAGACUGUGGUAACGUGAGCCGCCGAGCUGCAAAACCGUGGUAACGCCGUUCGCCUCGCUCAGAGGCCAUCCUUACUAUAA